AAAACAAUCCCUCGUGGUUUGUACGAGUUGUGUGUACUAUCUUUUCUACAUUCCUUUUAAAACGCGAUGGGUUAGUUUUGGACGAAUAGCGGCUUGUGCUAUCUUCAGAAAUGGAUAUGACGCAGGAUUUCGCGUUUGAGUUUAGAUCUGCGCUUGUGUGUCUUGGAAAUGUUGACAAGGAAUUGAACAAUCUCCUUGUACCAUUCCUAGAUUUGAAGACAUGGAACCACCAAGACAAGCAGUAUUUACUAAAAAGGCUUGCUCAACAGAUGUUCAACAAGAAACUUGCACCCCAUAUCAUUAAGAACUUUACGUCAGUUACCCUUGAGAUUCUACAACAAACUCAUGUGUUACUGAUAGAGACAAAUCAGAAGGAUUUGUACAUCCAAAGACAUGAGAUAUUCUCCCAUGAGCUCAGUCUAUUGUUACCUAGGAUGGAUCACAUCAGAGAGUUUGUGCAUCAAUAUUUUGACAGUACUCCUUCUUUCAUGUUUAGGCUCACUGAAAAACAACAUCCUACAGAUGAUAUUAUAAUUAUGAUCCUAGAAACUGCAUGUAAUUUUUUAUCUCAUGAUUUGGAGUCAUUUAAGGAGUGCUGGAACUUUGGGUCUGUAUUCCCACUGAUAAACCAUUCUCAUCCAAAGAUAAAAUGGCUCGCUUUCCAUGUGGUUAGUAUGGUUUCAGAGCUAGGCGAAAAUGAUAGAAUGACAUUGAUUGACAAGCUUUUCACAGUAGAAGAAAGAAACAAACUCAUGUUGAAAUUUAACAGUCCUGGAAUGAAGCUUUGUUUAGAUGAGCAACAGGAUUUGAACAGUAAUGAAUUAUCAGAGCCGCCUUUAAUGGAUGUUGAUCAAAACACAGAUUCAUACUUCACAAAGGAAGAUCUUUCAGGGAACUAUACUGCCAUUUGUGGUGUGAUUUUGCCUUCACUGCAAAAGCAAGCGUUACUAGGCCCACAUUCUUGCUUGAGCAUGGUGCCGUCAACACAGAGGAACCUUCACUCCCUUGUGCUGGCAGUGGCGGCAGGGUCUGGGGUACUGCUAGAGGGGCCUGUAGGGUCAGGGAAGACCUGUCUUGUGGAACAUGUCGCAAGUAUGUGUGGCCGGAGCACUCCUCCAGAGAUAAUGAAAGUGCAGCUUGGAGAUCAGACAGACGGCAAGUCAUUGCUUGGUACAUACGUAUGCACUGACACGCCAGGAGAGUUUGUUUGGCAGCCUGGAACUCUGCUACGUGCUGUGAUACAUGGACACUGGGUGUUACUAGAGGAUAUCGACUAUGCACCAAUGGAUGUGGUGUCCUUGUUGAUUCCCUUACUGGAAUCAAGGACCUUGUCUGUUCCUGGACAUGGAAAUGUCGUCAAGGCUGUGCCAGGGUUUCAGUUGUUUGCCACGCAAAGGAUCUCAUCAGGUGGCCUGUCUGUUUAUGCUCAUACCAACUCUUCAUUGCUUGACAGAUUAUGGAGAAGGGUAUAUGUCGAGCCACUCAGCAAAGAAGAGUUAGUCCAGAUAAUUUGUGAGAAAUAUCCAAACCUUGAGUCUGUGGCGGCCAAGCUAGUUGAUGUCUACUGCAUGGUAUCAUCCGACCCAACUCUCUCAGCUACUGCAGAUACCACCCAUACCAGCCUCUCACAUGAUAAGCGACUCAGCACGGCCAGGGACCUUAUGAAAUGGGCAUGCAGGGUUGACAUGGUAACCUCCAAUUCACCCUUGCUGCUGGAUGCUAGAGAUGUGUUUCUUGAAGCUCUUGAUUGCUUUUGUGCGACGUUAUCAAAAGUGGAGCUCCGCUUUGACCAGGCGAUGGCUCUAGGUGCAAAACUUGGCUUGACAAAGGAGAAGAUAGAGUUUUUCUGUUCGAACUACAAACCAAAGGUUCACACGUCACCGCUUUCCUUGACAGUUGGGCGCAUAACAUUGAAUCGUUCCCAGAGUGAAGUGCAACCGGUGGUGCCUAGGUUUGCUCACACUAGGCACUCCCUUGUACUGCUUGAAAGGGUUGCUGCAUGCAUAAACCAACAAGAACCGGUACUACUGGUGGGUGAAACAGGAACUGGAAAGACUUCAUCUGUGCAGACACUUGCGGCACAGUGUGGCCACAACUUGAAGGUUAUCAACAUGAGCCAACAAAGCGACAGUGCAGACCUACUUGGUGGGUUUAAACCUGUUGAAAUGAAGCAGCUUGUCCGGCCUGUCAAGGAGGAGUUUGAGCGGCUCUUCAAUCAGACGUUUAGUAGGAAACAAAAUGUCAAGUUUCUGAGUCAUGUGCAAAGGUGCUAUACAAACGCACAGUGGGAGGUUCUCUUUAAGCUGAUGACACACUCCUUGAAAGGUGCUGCUGAAAGAAUUGCUAAAGGCUCAGCUGGAGCUCCAAAGGCCAGUGCAUAUGUGCUGUCGCAAUGGCAAAAACUGGGCCAACAACUCAAGCAGCUCCGCAAGCAGCAGAAGCAUGCAGAGAGUGCUUUGGCAUUCAGAUUUGUGGAGGGGAUGCUGGUGAAAGCUGUGCGUAAUGGUGACUGGGUGCUUCUUGAUGAGAUCAACCUUGCGAUGCCCGAGACGCUGGAGUGCCUGAGUGGCCUACUGGAGAGUUCUGCUGGCUCUGUUGUGUUAUUGGAAAGAGGUGAUGUGGAAGCUGUGACAAGACACGAUGAUUUCCGUCUAUUUGCUUGUAUGAACCCUGCCACUGAUGUUGGUAAAAAAGACCUUCCACCAGGAAUACGAAACAGGUUUACAGAGAUCUUUGUGGAUGAGCUGGAGGAUUUGAGCGAUCUGAAGAUCCUAGUAGUGGACUACCUAAAAAGUCUAUCACUCUCUGCUGCUGUGGUGGAUGGAAUUGUUAGAUUCUAUUUAAAAGUGCGGCGGGAAGCAAGUGAAAAACUGACAGAUGGUACCGGGCACAAGCCUCAUUACAGUCUGCGCACUUUGUGCCGUGCACUGCGUUAUGCUUCAACAAAUCCACAUGGAAACGCAGUCAGGUCUAUCUAUGAGGGCUUCUGUCUGAGUUUCCUAACUCAGCUGGACCGCUCCUCGCAUCCAGUUGUGCUCAGCCUCAUUCGCACACACAUUCUGGGUCACGUGAAUGCUGCCAGCCUUCUGAAUCAACCGCUGCCCAAACCGAAGGAAGGCUCACAGGACUUCGUCAAUUUUGAAGGUUUCUGGGUGGCAAUGGGACAGAAGCCGCCAGAAGUACCAUCUCACUAUGUACUGACGCGAACUGUCAAGGAGAAUUUGCGAGACUUGGCAAGAGUGGUCAGCGGCAGGUCCUUCCCAGUCCUCCUCCAGGGUGAGACAUCUGUGGGGAAGACCAGCCUGAUCACGUGGUUAGCCAGCACAUCCGGGAAUCAUUGCGUGCGCAUCAACAACCACGAGCACACGGACAUCCAGGAAUAUAUUGGCUGUUAUACCUCUGACCAGAACGGCAGGCUCGUAUUCAAGGAAGGUGUGUUGGUAGACGCCAUGAGAAAAGGCUACUGGAUAAUCCUGGACGAGCUUAAUCUCGCACCCACUGAUGUACUAGAAGCGUUGAACAGGCUUCUCGAUGAUAACCGUGAGUUGUUUAUUCCGGAGACACAAGAGACUGUCAAAGCGCACCCCAAGUUCAUGCUGUUCGCUACCCAGAAUCCUCCGGGACAGUACGGAGGACGCAAGGUACUGUCCCGUGCGUUCCGUAACCGUUUCGUUGAGCUCCAUUUUGACGAGCUGCCGAGCAAGGAGCUUGAAGUGAUUCUUCACGAAAGAGGGAGCCUUCCUAUGUCAUACGCCAAGAAACUUGUGUCGGUGCUCCUCGACCUGCAGGCGAGGCGCCGUAGCACAAGCGUGUUUGCUGGUAAACAAGGCUUCAUCACGCUGCGAGAUCUGUUCCGGUGGGCCGAAAGAUACAGCAAGACCCCGGAUGUAGGUGAUGGGUUCCAUGACUGGGAGCAUCAUCUUGCUCAAGAUGGCUACAUGCUUCUGUCUGGGCGUUGUCGACAUCCCGAUGAAUGUCAAGUAAUCCGAGAGGUAAUGGAGCACAAUUUCAAGCGCAAACUCAACCCACAGGCCUUGUUUGGCGACGAUUCAGCCGGCGUCAACAUCCCGCUUUCGGCCAGCAGUAUACUAGAUCGCGUUAUCGGACAAAAGGUUCCCGGUUUCGGACACGUCGUUUGGACACACAACAUGCGGAGGCUGGCCGUACUUGUUUGGAGAGCGUUACAGUUUGGCGAACCUGUUUUACUUGUCGGUGAAACUGGAUGCGGCAAGACCACUAUCUGCCAACUAUUUGCGGCGCUGACUCAGCAGAACCUCUUCUCUGUCAACUGUCACAUGCACUCGGAGUCGUCCGACUUUCUCGGCGGACUUAGACCGGUCAGACAGAGAUCCCAACAGGAACAGGACGACAAGGUUCAGAAGUUCUUCGAGUGGUGUGACGGACCCCUGGUGCUGGCCAUGAAGGGCGGGGCCAUGUUUCUUGUGGACGAGAUCUCAUUGGCUGAUGACUCAGUUCUCGAGAGGCUCAACAGCGUGUUGGAGCCCGAGAGGACCCUGGUGCUUGCCGAGAAGGGGUCUGAGGGGGAGGGGGUGGGGAACAGGGACGUGGAUGUGGUGGUUGCCCAUGAGAAGUUCCGAGUGGUGUCCACGAUGAAUCCAGGAGGCGACUUCGGCAAGAAAGAGCUGUCGCCCGCACUGAGAAACAGGUUCACCGAGAUCUGGUGCCCAUCAACUGACAACAGAGAAGACUUGAUCAGCAUCAUAGAUCACAAUCUUACCCCGGGGAUCACCCUCUCAACUAGCAGCACUGGAUCAUCUGGUUUCGGCGAAGCAAUGAUGGACUUUAUCGAAUGGUUUCACGCAGCUGAUUUUGGCAAAAGGUUUGUCUUCAGCAUCCGGGAUCUUCUUUCUUGGGUGUCCUUCAUCAACACGUGCUGCUCUAGUCUCCAGUCCACCAUCCACCCCGAGGGAACGGUCAGUGAAGAUCAUAUGGAGAUUGACGGACACGUGUCCAUACAGUCUCAGCCAAUCAGAUCGGUCCUCGAUCCUCCCACUGCGUAUAUCCACGGCGCAUGUCUGGUUUUUCUGGACUCGCUUGGUGCUGGUGUAUCAAGUUUUGGGUCUUCUAUGACGUCACCAUACGAAGCCAGGAAAAUGUGUUUGGAUUUCUUGGAAAAACAGAUGGCUGGCUUGGGCGAUCUGGCAGAUGGCAGUGGACAUGACGCUACUGUUAGAGCCGCUGAAAUGUUUGGAAUCUCUCCAUUCUUCAUUCCAAAGGGUCCCAAACCUAUCCCAGAAGACCUUGCAGUCACAUAUGCCCUCAGCGCCCCUACAACUUCCCAGAAUGCUACGCGCAUACUAAGGGCCCUUCAGCUUCCAAGGCCCAUAUUGCUGGAGGGCUCUCCUGGAGUCGGAAAGACGAGCCUUGUGUCCGCCAUCGCCAAGGCUUCGGGACAUGAACUCGUCAGGAUUAACCUUUCCGAGCAAACGGACAUCACAGACUUGUUUGGGGCUGAUCUUCCCAUGGAGGGUGGAGAACCUGGGCAGUUCUGCUGGAGGGAUGGACCAUUGCUGAGAGCGCUUAAGGCGGGACACUGGGUCGUACUCGAUGAGCUUAACUUGGCUUCUCAAUCUGUCUUGGAAGGACUCAACGCCUGUCUGGACCAUAGGGCCGAGGUUUACAUUCCGGAGUUAGGCAUGAGCUUUAAUGUACAGCACGAAAAGACGAGGAUGUUUGCGUGCCAGAACCCACUAAACCAGGGCGGAGGAAGGAAAGGUCUCCCCAAGUCAUUCCUCAACAGAUUUACUCAGGUAUACGUUGAGGCGCUGUCCAUGGAGGACUUGAUGUUCAUCACCCAGUCCAUGUAUCCGCAAAUCCACCGAGACAUACUGCAUAGUAUGAUAACCUUCAACACCAGGCUCCACCAAGAGACUGUGAUAGACAAGUUAUGGGGAAGUAAAGGUAGUCCUUGGGAGUUCAACCUCAGAGAUGUGUUCCGCUGGUGUGAUCUUCUUAUACGUCAUCAGGUUGGCAUGAGAUUUGAGCCGGGUCAGUUUGUGAAGAUGAUCUACAGCGAUCGAAUGAGAACAGCAUCUGAUAAAGUUAAGGUUUUGGAACUGUUCCGGGAGAUUUUCAGCGACUUUCAAUACAGUCCUCAAAACCCCAUGCUUCACGUCACAGCCUCUCACAUUCAGGUCGGACACUCGUUCUUACCCAGAAGCCCUUGUAUUCGUCCAACCCUCGUGACGUCACACCCGCUUCAGAUGUUGCAUCAUCAUCUUCCAUAUAUGGAGUCCCUCAUGAAAUGUCUAGAGAUGAACUGGAUGGCUGUCUUGAUCGGGCCUCGUUCAUGCGGCAAGACCUCAUUAGUUCGCAUGGUGGCAGGGCUGACGAGCAGUAAACUGGACGUGAUGACAAUGAACAGUGCUAUGGAUACAACAGAACUUCUCGGUGGCUUCGAGCAGGCGGACCUGAACAGGCACUGGGAGGAUGUGGUAUCACGUGCUGCACACGUGGUCACAGACACCAUACGUGAGGUCCUUGUCAGGACCGUCGGGGACGGCCCUCAGGUGGAGGGCGGAAAGACCGGAUCGCUGACUGAGGUGGUCAACCUCUAUAACAACUGGAGGGCGUUUAUGAAGAUCAACACAAAAUCAUCUAAAUCGGAGAGCCGUACAAGUGAAGGCUUGACAAAUACCCGAAUGCAAGCCCUACUACACGUCAUGAGCCUCGUCCUAGAGACACGACGCCAGGCCCACCUUCCCCCCUCCCCUGGGGAUGAAGUCCACGAUUCUAUUCUCGCCCUGAAGUGUCAGUAUGAGUCGAAUCAGAACAACACACACUGUGGGGGGCAGUUUGAGUGGGUGGACGGACAGCUAGUGCAGGCGCUAAAGACUGGGUCCUGGCUGCUGAUUGACAACGUCAACUUCUGCAGCCCAUCUGUGCUUGACCGCUUGAAUGCCUUGCUUGAGCCAGGGGGGACUCUGAGCAUCAACGAGAGGGGGGUCAUAGAUGGGGAAGUCCCAGCGGUCACGCCCCACCCGGACUUUAGAUUGAUCCUGACAAUGGAUCCUAAGUUUGGUGAGAUAUCACGUGCCAUGCGGAACCGAGGCGUGGAGAUCUACGUAUCUGGAGAGGAUGAAGAACAGGGUUAUGAUAAUCAUGACCGGCACGCCAUGAUGUCUGGAGUCGGCCUGUUAGACCCCGCCACGCGACAGCACUUGCUAGAUCUGCACAGAGCGUAUCAAGAAAAACUCGGAGGCUCUUUACUUGAUCUUCUCCACGCGUCCUCCAUGAUAAGUGACCUGACUCAGAGGGGUUUGGACAUGCGCAGUGCAAUGAAAACGGCCGUCACUCAGGUCUACGUCAGAAGUCAGCCCAGUGACCGCGAGAGACUGAUAGCGGAGGAGCUUUGCGAUCGCCACCACUCACUUACCUGUCAAUCAAAUGCUGAAGUCAUCACCAAGUCUUAUCCGGGUCCUUCAAUCCACGACUUUGUCACCAACACCUCCCUCGCGACCAUCAUGCAACACUGCGCUCCUCUGCUUCAGUUGCUAUGCCAGCGCGAGUCACCAAAGCAACGUGAUCAUGCUGUUACCUUGGUUACAGAGAGAGCCACUUUCCGUGAUUGGCAGUUGAGACGUGACUUGUUGUGUCACGUGUUGAUGGAAUUGCCUGACGCUAGUGAUGUUGGUCACGUGAUGUCUGCCAUGGCGUCUACAUUGGAGACUGUUUUCACCAGCAUCGCGAUGCAACGGCUCCAGGGGAUAACGCAUCAGCUAGGACAGAUGUCAAACUACCCUGACCUGGCCAACCACCCGUACGACUUGCGACUCAAUGGUCACUUAACCCCUCGACUGUUGAUGAGCUGCCAAGGAAGACGAGACGAGAUCAAAGAACUGAUACAGAAGAUGGAGAGUGUGACCAAUAGGCUUCAGUUGCUAGCGGAAAGAGCACGACACUCACAACAAAUGAGCGCGAUAAUAAGCAACACGUCAAUCAAAGUACAGAGCAAGGGCCUUCUCAAAUAUUCCAUGGACUUCCAUUCUGGGCUGUUGUCCAGCGAAGCCCUCUCACAUCCUGUGGUAGCUCAUCUUUACCCCUUCUUCCUCACGCUGACGAGAUUUAUUGAGCGCAUGAUUCUACUGGAUAUGCCGCUGAGCGAGCAGCAGGCAUCAGAGGUUUCGGUCGCGCUCACUUGGAGUGACCGAUUCCUGGAAGUAUGUUCUGCUCCCAGCCCUCAGUUCUCGCUGUCAUCCCUGUCCCUUCACUGGCAAUGGUUCGUGGAAAAGACUCUUGCUGUUGUACCACAUAUUCUUGGACAAGCGACCGACAGUUCUCUGCCAAGUGAGCUUGUCACCCUCAUCAAGGAACUCAGCGCUCAUCUGGGCUCCGACAACAGACUGGCGAAGAUGCACUUGCGAUUACUCUAUUCUCACGGGCACCCUGUGCCUUAUCAGACGCAAGACGUGCACGACCAGUGGCAACACCUGUCAAGUUUGUCCAAGCUGCUCGAAAUAAGCAUUGGUCCCGAGAUGACAGACUACAGCAAGAGACGACUAAACGCCCAAUUGAAGUUUCUGGCAUCUGAUGGCAUCGCAGCGAGAGGUUUGCUUUUGGCGGCGAUGAUCGCGGUGCUGAACGCAAAACACGCCACCGGUCAAUAUGGUUCAGCUCAGGAUCUCAUCGAAAGAAUCAAUACUUUACUUUCAACCCAAGGCCUGUUAACCAAUCAGAGCGCUGAUCCCAUGGCAGACGUCAAUCAUUCUAUUGUCAUGGCGUCGCAUGACCAAGAAAAUGAGUGUGGUGAAGAGGUGUUAAGAGACAAAGAGCUCAGUUGCAGUCUGAUAUCGCUGUAUCCCCUCUUCUAUUCUAUUUGCCCUGGACAGGAAUUCGCUGUUCUAGAACAGCUGACUCAAAUGCUGAUGGAGUAUAAACAUCAAAGCCCAACCGACCAGUCAAAGAUGGAGGCACUUGAAACAUCCAGGGCAUUUAUCCAGUACGCCGUACGAAACACAACCAGAUGCCCUGUCACGCUCGCUUGCUACGCCUCCAUAACAGCCGCUACGAAGGACGAAGAUGUUUACAAGCUGGCCAGCAGUCUCGAGUCAGAGGUCAUUCUCUCUGCAAUGCUUGCAAGGCCUCCAGUGGACGUGAUGGGUGUAAUCAGACAUCACAUGGGAUCUAGCGGGACGGAGGAUAACACACACGAGACUUGUCCCAAACAAAGUGCUGAUGCGUUCUCAUACCAUCUCCUCACCAGAACCAGUCUUGAUACCCUUACUUCAAACAAGAAACCUUCAUCGGAUGAAGGGGACCCCCUAUUCACCGUUACCAUUGGCAACCACAAAGACAAGCAGCACCAGCUUGCAACUAUUGGUCAACAUCUCUGGAGAAACAAUGAGUUGAUUGACGCCGGCAUGACGUAUCAGAGAUCGAAUUCCAUGCAUUUGCUGGUCUCCAAGCUCUCUCAAGUCAUCAAUUCGUUAGCCGCCAUAGCAGAUGGCGCCGCAACAAUAUCCAGAAUCCAGAACGUGUGCAGAGCCCUCAUCCACUCUCUCCAGUCUCACUCUCUUCCAUCCCUGGGUGAUGCGAAGGACGGGGUCCUAGUACUACUUCCCGACGUUUGUGAGAAGUAUCGUGCAGUAUGUAAAGAUGGGAGGAGCGCUAGUUUGAUCAGAGUGCUCAUACUUGAUGUCAUGGAUAAGAUAGCAGACUUUUGGAAUGGUCAGGAAUGUGAUGUGUUGUUGGGCGGCGCCUGGUCGAGACUUGGACUGCUACAGACGAUUCUUCUCUCGCCUGUUGGCCCUGCAGACCCCAUGGAACAGAACGCCCUCGAGCUGCUCUAUGCCAGAGAGGAGAUUGCAAACAUUAAGGAAGAGUCCAAGGUCCGACUGGAUGCGGAGCAGAUUUGGACAGGAACCCGUGCUUCUAUUGAUGACUUGGAGAGGCGCUUAUAUGAGACUGCAUGUGUGUGGGACAGCAGUCUCACCUCUAAUCCAGUCCGAAUGGCACACUUGCAAACGCGAUGGAAGGAACUGAGAGAAGAAGAGCUCCGACUUGCUCAGUACACCGCUCUUCGACCUCAAAACUCACAGUACGACGCAAUUCUAAGCUCAGUCAAGCACUACUCCGCAACCAUUGGCAACCCAGACAAUGUGCUGGCCCUACUCCAACAAAUAGAGCAGUUAGUGACGUCACAGAUGACCUCACCAACCACUCGUGGUGACGUCACGACAGUACUGAGCCGUGUCCAGUCUUGGCGGGCUUCCAUGAAACACUUCAUCUCCCACAUGGCUCACAGCUUUACGUACUACAAUGACGUCAUCAUGCCUUUCCUUGCCGGGGCUGCACAGGUUGUGUACGGAGUGAGCCGGGCGUGUGAAGCACUAGACAGGACAGUAGAGCAACAGGCCUUCCUAACCAAGAGUCCAGCCGUAUCCCCUACCCAGACGUGGUCCCCUGUUCAGUUGAUGCAGCACCUCUGUUUUGAUGUCAGUUGUGCUGGUCCGUGGGAUGACUUCCGUGUCACUUGCUCAAUGGAUUGUAUUCAAGCCCUAUUGUACGUCACUGACCUAGCGCAAGAAUCGAGAGAUCGUCUUCAGACCUAUUUUGCAACACGGAUCUUGUGGAGUGCGUUGCUCAGUUUGCGUAACGCCGCAUUUCGUAGUGGGUAUCUUGAUAACCGCACUGUCCAACGCCUGCUUGCUCUUUACAACAAGUACCUUCAGAAGUGGAGCCAAGCAAAGGAGGAAGAACAACGUCGAGAGCAGGAGGACGGGAGUAUCUACAAAUAUAAAAGUACCAGUCAUGGAUCAGAUCUCACGGAGAAUCGAGCUGCAGAUCUAGACCUGUGCCUAGCCUUCCCCAGCUAUGAUGACGAGUUUAGUGAUCUCAACCCAUCCAACAGCCUUGAAGAAGUCUUACCCAAGCAAGAUGUCGCAGAGACUUCCAGUUUGCCGACAUCCGGAGCGCAGCAGUUCAUGGAACUUGUCAACAUGAGACAAAUCACUGCUGUCCAUGAACUGCUGUUCAGCAGUCUUCCGACUCAAAGGAAACUAGCCCUCAACAGUGGACUAACUGUGGACAAAUUGCCAAGAAAGACUGAUGCAUACCACCAAGAAGCUUUGCAAGCUGGUUACCAGACUGCCUCGGUCGUUAGCUGUGCGUGUGAGCUGGCACGGUUCUCGCCUGAAUCCAAUAACUGGGAGGCCCACCUGAUUCAUUGUAAUUCAAUGAGUCGACGUCUUGCUGCUGUGACGUCAACAAGUGGGAAGCACUAUGAUGUUUACCACGAUGCAAACAUUCCUGAGGUGACUCGUGCACGUGCAGUGCUACUAGACCUUACGUCACGUAUUAAUGAGCUAUUGGCCGAGUGGCCUGGGAACCCACUCUUGACACAGCUCCAGCUCUUUGUUGAGAGGAUCCUGUCCUUGCCGGUGACCAGUCCUGUGAUGAAGGUCCUGACAGGCGUAGAGCUGCUGCUUAAGAAUGCACAGGAGUGGGAGGCGAAUGCCAGUAGGCAUGUGUCAAUCAAAGCUCACCUAGAUGCGCUGACGCAGCUCAUCAUCAGCUGGAGAAAGCUUGAGCUCAGGUGCUGGUCGUCCUUGCUAGAGGUAGCUACUGAGAAGGUGGCGGAGAAGGCGUCACAUUGGUGGUUCUACCUGUACGGACUCCUUCUUCAAGUGGAAGAAGGCUUAAGGAGCAACCAUCAAACAGAUUCUGAGUCUUUGCUGGUGGAGCCUCUGCAAAAAUUCAUCGAGUCAUCCUCACUUGGUGAAUUCGCAGCACGCAUGAGCAUGUUACAUGCUUUCUACAAUCAGUACAACUCUGCUGGCGAGAUAAGCAAUGACAAGAUCGCAGCAAUCAUGCUGAACGUGUACAUGUACUACAAACAGUUUAGUCCAUCCGUAGAACAAACCAUCAAGCACAUCCGCGAUCCCAUCGAGAAAGAACUAAAGGACUACGUGAAGAUUGCUAAAUGGAACGACGCUAAUUUCUGGGCGAUGAAGCAGGCGGCGGAAAAGUCUCAUCGAACACUUCACAAGUUUGUUAGCAGAUAUGAGCAAUCUCUGAGUGAGCCGAUAAGAAGGCUAUUGACAGACACUAAGACGGUCCUUGGAGUCAUGGAAAAGGACAUCACUGUGAGUGAGUCACAUGUCAAGGUGGAAGCAGAAUGGUUCUUAGCCGAUGAGGCGCUGAAGAUUUCGAGCCAUCCAUCGACAGCCUUAGACCUCCUCUCUGCGCUUUCACACAUGCAAAUGCCAUCCGUAGCCGAACAACUGGACAGAUACCCCAAGCUCUUCACUAGAAUGAGGAAACUUUGCCACAACAUGCUCAGCCAACAGGAACACCCUAGACUGGUGGAAUCUCUUGACGAACUUACAGGGGAGAUAAUUGAGUCAGUUCAUGAGCUCCAGUCGCUUAGCGUUGACUCCCAGCCAAAGGAAAAGCGCAAAGAAGCCAGAAAGCACAUCCACCUCAGGAAACGCAAGGCGUUGGCAGAGCUGUUCAAGACGUUACAGACAAUAGGUCUGUCUUAUCGCAAGGGCCUGAACUUGGCUCAUCAACAAACAACUAAAGACUCGCCUUUGCUGCUACCCUCCCUUGACCCGAACACGCUUCACGGAGCUACCGGCUCGAAACAAAGCAGAUUGACCCAGAGUUUUGAGACUCUCUUCAACGGAUGUCAGCAUUACUAUCAUAGAUGCCUCGCAAGGUCCGCCGCUAUGAGUACUACCAUGUCAACCCCAUCAAAGGAGUUAACCCUUGGUGACGUAGAGCGCUGUAGAGGCUUUUCUCAUCACUUGUUGGAUGUGGUUUUGGCACAGCGGACAAUAAUAGCGGGUCAUUUAGACAGCCUUGCUACUCUCAGACUUGGACUCAGGUCUCUUUCUGGUGUCUCUGCCAAGCAAGCAGGGCUCACCACAGGGCUACCGCCGCAACGUGACCUCCGGCCCAGCAUGGAGGAGGCUAUGCAGCUACUGAUUGAUACAAGUGAGGCCUUGCAGCAUCUGUCUCUGCUGAUGGAUUGCUGUCCACUGGAAGCCUUCACACCCGACUCGUCACCCGUGCCAGCCAAUCUGCUGUCCAACGCAGCGAAAGCUUCGGCGGCAGACCCGAUGAUGAUAAACAUCAAGGAAGACUUAGUGAAAUGGCAGGAUACAAUCCAAAGGCUUUUGGAAGACGUCAUGCCCAUCGCUGCUGUCUCGAGCUAUCACGCGACCGGAAGUGACGAUACAAGAGGCUCAUGGUUCCUGGCCACAUGGGAGCAUCUGCUAGUUCUGCGUCGCACAUUCAAGAAGUUGGAGCAGAUGAGCAAACAAAUGGAAGCCAUUUUGCCAGACUUCAACUCCAGUCUUGCCCCUGGUAAUGGUUUUGGGAGUCGGUUCUCUGCUCUGGUCCAGAAGUUACAGAUUGCCAUCCAUCGAUUCCGGUCAAACGAUAGCCCCAAGAGAAGAAGGUUGUUACAUUCUACAGAGUCCGCGAGGCUGUUAUCUAGUCAUGUCGAGAAGACUGUGACGUCACUACUGCUAGGGGUCCAGAAACUGGUCAAGGCUGGAACUGAAGCCGAGCAGCCACGUCUGCAGACAGACAACACAGACAUGGACGAGGAAUUCCUUUUGGACGGUCACCUUACAACACACAUCCACGCAAACCUGGUCAAUGAAGUCUCCAAACUUGACUUGGCCACUGUCAAAGAUAACGUGCAUGCUUUGAUCUGCUGUCUCCAUAAUUCGGCGGAAAGCUCCAACAAUACAUCAACAGCCAGGUCCCACAUGGAAGAGAAAACAAGCGAAGAUAGCCCUAAAGUUCCGGACACUCUAACCUCAGUGCCAAGUCCUGAUUUCAUAAGCUCCAUUAAUGCAGAUAAAAACUUCAAAGAUGAAGAGGAACCAAAUUCUGAGAGUAUUUUGUCGGACGGAGGUGUUGAAGUGUCAUCAUCUCUUGUGUUGAGCGUCCUACCUCUGCUCACACAGUACCUCAGCCUUUCCGAGAACUUCCUCCACCGCCUCCUAGCCUCACACCGCUCCUCCACCAAGCUGUUGUCCGUACUGUUAGCAGUGUUCACGGAGCUCGCUGCUAACGGUUUCUGUCUGCCGCCAGAGGUCGACGAGGAGGAGGGCGGGGAAGGGGCGACAGAGUUCGAGGACAUUGAGGGUGGAGGGCUUGGCGAAGGGGAGGGUGCAAAAGAUGUCUCUGAUCAGAUAGAGAGCGAAGAUCAGCUGCAAGACACGAAGCAAGAGGGACAGAAGGAGGAGAAGCAGGACGCGGCUCAACAGCAGAUCCCGGAUGAAGAAAACGCGAUAGAAAUGAGUGAUGAUAUCGAUGGUGCCUUACAUGACGUACCUACCGAAGAGAAGGAAGAAGGCGGUGAUGACGACAAGGAGGAGGAGGAGCCAGACUUGGACAAACAGAUGGGUGAGGUGGACGGACAGGAGGACGAGACUCUGGACGAGAAGAUGUGGGGGGACUCUGAUGACGAGGACGAGGACAAGGAGGAGAAAGAGUCAAAAGAGGAGAAAGGCGCCGGAGCGGAGGCUGAGUCCGAGUCUACGAUGGUUGCCAAGGAAGAUAACAAAGAUGCGGUUGAUAAAAGUAAGGACAAAGAUGACGUCACUCAGCCUGAUGACACUGAUGACGUGCAUGAACUGCCGAAAGAUGAGGAGGAUCAUGGGAAUCUGUCAGACGAAGAACAGCCAGAGCCUCAGGGGGAAGGAAUAGAUGAGACUGCGCCCCCAGUAACGGAGGAAGACAUACAGCUUCCUGAGGAUUUGCAGUUGGACGAUCAGGGGGAGGACCAUGGCAGCGAGCAAGGGGAUGAGGUGGAGACCGUUGAAGAUGUGGACAUGGACAAGGACGAAGAGAUGCCGGGCCAAAAUGACACGCCAGGGCCCGACGAGAACAUGGACCAGGAGGAGGGUGGCCAGGGUGGGGAGGAGCAAGAGGACAAGGAGGAGGAGGAAGAGGAUGAAGUGCGUGGCCAGGAGUCUACCCAGGGAGAGGAGGACGAGGCUGAGGAUGAACGGAAUAUAGAUAUAGAGGACUGGAAAACAAAUCAUCAAAGCGAAGAUCAAGAAGCACAGCAGGCCGUAGAGGAUCUCGGGAAAAAUGACAACUCGCAAAAUCGAAACGAGGCAGUGGAGGCUGCCGCUGGUCAGUCUGAGCCUGCUGAGAAUGAAGAUAAACAGGGUACCGGGGCCGCGGAGGCUGCUGGGAGUGAAGGGCAUCUCGGAGAAGCAGAUACGUCGCAUGCGCAGACUGCAGCAGACGCGAAGCAGAAGUCACAGCAGCGCAAGCAGAUGAAUCGGUCGCGUUCUGAUAGAAGUUUGGGCUCCACUGACGACAGAACGCACAAGCGACUGAAGACGGUGGAUGAGCAGAAUGACCAGCCCUCAAACGAGCAGAGUGACACACGAAAGAUAUCAGACCUUUACCAGCACAUGCGCGACGAAUAUGGCUUAACCCCCGACGCGCAGACCCUGGACAGUGCGACCGCUGACCAAGCAAAAGAGCAAGACAGCGCAACCUUUCCCGAUGAAAAGAGCGACGGAGAAAAUGUAGAUAUUGAAGAGGAUGUUCCCCUGUGGAAAGACAACGAGGAAAAGCAGGAAGCCCAAAAGCACCAAAGGUCGCUUCCCCAAGCUACGGAUACCGAAAUGAAGCCACAGGAAGACCGUCAUGCUGAAGCUCAAGACGAGGAGCGAGACUCUGUAAAAGAGAAAAAUCGUCAGCGGUCUGACGUAGAGAGACUGCGCAGUACAUACCACGUGUCGGAGAGCUUCCUCGCCAUGGAUAAACAGGGUGUUUCAUUGGACGCGGACAAACUGCGGUCCGACUUGGAGCAUCAGCUUGCGGUUUGGUCGCACUUGCACGCGGGAUCACGUGACGAGCAGCUGUCCGCCCAGGAGGCGUGGCAGAAGUAUGAGUUAUUGACAGCUGGACUGGCUCAGGAACUAUGUGAGCAGCUACGACUUGUGCUGGAACCUUCAUUGGCAACUAAACUCAGGGGUGACUACCGAACUGGCAAGCGUCUGAACAUGCGCAAAGUGAUCCCGUAUAUUGCCAGCCAGUUCAGGAAGGACAAGAUCUGGCUACGGCGCACAAAGCCGAGCAAGCGACAAUACCAGAUCAUGGUGGCGGUGGAUGAUUCUUCCAGUAUGGCCGAUAACCACUCUAAACAGCUCGCGUUCGAGUCUCUUGCUGUGAUCAGCAAAGCUUUGACUCGACUGGAGGCUGGGGAAUUAGGCGUCUGCAGUUUCGGCGAAUCAGUAAAGCUGUUACAUCCGCCGCACGAGCCAUUUACGGAUCAAAGUGGGGCCAAGAUCUUACAGCAGUUUACCUUUGACCAGAAAAAGACCAAGAUCGCGCAGCUUGUUGACACGUGUACAAGUUUGAUGUUGACGUCAAGGUCCCGGAUGCAGUCCGGUCCACGCGUGGACACCUCGCAGCUGCUGCUGAUCGUGUCUGAUGGGCGUGGCGUCUUUCUCGAGGGCAUGGAGACCGUUCUCCGCACUGUGCGGUUCGCAAAGGAGGCUGGGAUCUUCCUCGUCUUUGUGAUUCUGGAUAACCCUGUAAACAGAGACUCCGUGCUUGACAUUCGGGUGCCUAUCUUCCGCCCAGGGAAACCCCCUGAGAUCCGGUCCUACAUGGAACAGUUCCCCUUCCCCUUCUACAUUAUCCUGAGAGACAUCAACGCACUUCCGGUGACUCUCAGUGACGCCUUGAGGCAGUGGUUCGAGUUGGUGACUAGUAUGGACAGUUAGCAAGAUAAGGAGAUGGCUCUUUCGCUGUGUACUAAGGACAGCAGCGCCCUCCCGGUCACACUCAGUGACGCAGUGUUGCAUGUUGGUGUCUAGUUUAGAGUAAUGGCAAGACAAAGAGACGAGGACUCAAUGCACUGCCGUUCGCACUCAUUAAAGCUUUGAGGCUGUGUUGUCAGUUGGUGACUGACAUAGGCUGGUGGCAAGACAAAGAAACGAUUAUUAACUGCCAGUCACAUUAAAGAUUUAAGGCAGUGGUAUAAGUUGAUUACAAGUCUGGACAAUUCUCAAUAUGCUAAAGACGUCAACGCUGUUGUCGCACUCAAUGAGGCAGUUCGGGUUUUUAUUGACCAAGUGGAUAGACAAUGUGAUACCCAUUACAAUAAAAAAAAUGCCAAUCUU